CGGGGGUCGCGUCUGCCGCGCGCCAGACCGGCCGGCCCGGGUGCGGAGCGCGGCCAUGGGCCCGGGGCCCCCGGCGGCCGGAGCGGGGGCGCCGCCGCGGCCACUGUCGGUGGCCGCGCGGCUGAGCUAUGCGGUGGGCCACUUCCUCAACGACCUGUGCGCGUCCAUGUGGUUCACCUACCUGCUGCUCUACCUGCACUCGGUGCGCGCCUACAGCUCGCGCGGCGCCGGCCUGCUGCUGCUGCUCGGCCAGGUGGCCGACGGGCUGUGCACGCCCCUCGUGGGCUACGAGGCCGACCGCGCCGCCGGCCGCUGCGUCCGCUGCGGCCCCCGAAAGGCCUGGCACCUGGUCGGUACCAUCUGUGUCCUGCUGUCCUUCCCCUUCAUCUUCAGCCCGUGUCUGGGCUGCGGGGCAGCCACGCCCGAGUGGGCCGCCCUCCUCUACUACGCGCCCUUCAUCGUGAUCUUCCAGUUCGGCUGGGCGGCUACGCAGAUUGCCCACCUCAGCCUCAUCCCAGAGCUCGCCACCAAUGACCACGAGAAGGUGGAGCUCACGGCCCUCAGGUACGCCUUCACCGUGGUGGCCAGCAUCACCGUGUACAGUGCCGCCUGGGUGCUGCUCCACCUGCAGGGCUCCCCGAGCUUGGGGGGGGCCCGCAGGGUCACUGACCAGCUGGGCGUCCAAGACGUGCCAGUGUUCCAGAACCUCUCCCUGCUGGUGGUGGGAGUCGGAGCCGUCUCUUCGCUGCUGUUCCAUCUGGGCACCAGGGAAGGGCGCCGGCCUCGGGCGGAGGAGCCGGACGAGCACAGCCCGCUGCUGGCCCCUGCCACCGCCCGGCCCCUGCUGCUCUGGAAGCACUGGCUCCGGGAGCCGGCGUUCUAUCAGGUGGGCUUGCUGUACAUGAGCACGAGGCUCAUCGUGAACCUGUCCCAGACGUACAUAGCCAUGUAUCUCACCUACUCCCUCAACCUGCCCAAGAAGUUCAUCGCCACCAUCCCGCUGGUGAUGUACCUCAGCGGUUUCUGCUCCUCCUUCCUCAUGAAGCCAGUCAACAAGUGCAUCGGGAGGAACCUGACCUACUUCACGGGCCUCCUGGUGAUCCUGGCCUUCGCAGCCUGGGUGGCCCUGGCAGACGGGCUGGGCAUGGCUGUGUACGCGGCAGCUGUGCUGCUGGGCACGGGCUGCGCCACCAUCCUCGUCACCUCGCUGGCCAUGACGGCCGACCUCAUCGGCCCCCACACGCACAGCGGAGCCUUCGUGUACGGGGCCAUGAGCUUCUCGGAUAAAGUGGCCAACGGGCUGGCAGUCAUGGCCAUCCAGAGCCUGUAUCCCUGCUCCUUGGAGAUUUGCUGCAGGGCCUGCAUGGGCUUCUACCGCUGGGUGAUGGUGGCCGCCACCGGCGGGGUGGGCGUGGCCGCCACUCUCUGUCUCUGCAGUCUCCUCAUCUGGCCCAUCCGCCUGCGGAGCUGGGACCCUGGAGCCCAGCCCUGAUUCCACAGGCGCCACGGUUGCCAUCCUGUGCACAUGAACUCUGUAUACUCCAGGACCAGCUGAGGCCAGGAGCAGCCCUCCCUCCGUGCCGCCCCCACCUCCCAUCCCUACCCCCCCAUCCUUGCCUGGCUGUGGGGGCAGGACGGUCAGGAUCCCAGACACGGAGCUCAGCGCUCUGGGAUCCAGGGGUGCGCCCGGCUCACCCCUCACCCCAGGCUCGGGUGCAGUUUGCUACAUGCCGCCAGGUCCCCCGACCAUGACGUGGUCACUGAGCCUGACGGGAGCCUCAGGCAGGGGGUAGGGAGGAGCAAGGCCCAUGCUCUGUGCCCAGGCCACUGCUGGCCACGAAUAAAGAGCCACCCGUGGGUGAGGACUGUGGCCUCAGCUGUGUGCCCAGAGCCCAGAGUGGGGAGAGGGCAGCUGGUAUGCCCUGCGUCUGCCUGCCUCUGGCCCAGUUUCGGUCACUGGGGUCUUGGUUGGGGGCUCCCUUGAUCUGGCCGCCGGAUCACGCAAGGUCCCCGGGGUCCCCAGAGGUGGACAGAUGCACGGGGGUGGGGUCCCUGCAGCGGGCGGUGUCGGGCAGCAUGAACUUUAUCAGUGGGUGGGUGUGUAGACGGAUGGGGGCCGCUGGAUGGUGGAGGGACAGUAAGGUUCCAGGUACCAUUGCCUGUAGUUCUGCGUGGUGUGGCGCAGGCGCCGGGGCGCCGACAGGAACGGCACGUCGUCAGACCCCUGCCACGGCGGCUCCGCCCGGUACCAGUGCCUGUUGACCACUGUGGGGCCAGGACCCAGGUCACCUCCUGUCGCCGGGCACUCUGAGCCCCAGCCGAGGUGGCCUGGCUCUCCCCGAUCGCCCCCCCUUCUCACCGUAUUCCUUGCCCCGGCUGGGUCUGUCCGGCCACAGCGUGCUCCCCCACUGCGUGCUGGGGGCCCUGCACUGGGCAGGGAGGACAGGGUCAUACCAGGCGGUCUCCCGGAGGCGCU